AUGUCAAGUGUUUGUCCGCAGGACGUCAUCGAGCUCCUGGAGAAGCGAGUCAAGUCUCGAUUCUCACACCGGCAGAUCUACAUGUUCAGCGGUCUCUCAUUCGAGCAGUACGUGGGUUUCUAUGCCUCGAGCCUCUCUCUCCCUGCCAGCUUUCCCGACAGAGCGUUCAGGAGCAGGUGGAAUGAACACGUCAAGAGUCUGUGUGCAGACGAGAGUGUGCUGGCUACACUACAGCGUCUCUAUGACAACAGUAGAGACGUUGGCGUCUUCCAUAGGCUGAUGCUGCUGCCGUUGAGCAAGGUGGAGGAGACGCAGCCGUACCCGCAGGCGGGUCAUGUCGUAGAGUCUGGGAGGAGGCUGAGCAUCGACACCAAGGCUGCGAUGCUGCACGAAUAUCAUAAGUUUGCCAUGAAGAGAUCUGCAGUGCAGAAGUAUAGUCGUGCCGUAGUGUUGAAGGCAUUCGAACACCUGCAGGCUCUAGAGUUUGUCGUUCCGACCACAGAGGGCAGCAGCGGUAACAUCCAGAAGGAAUACAAACUGAUGUCGUUGCUAGUGGAGCCUGGUCAGGUGGCGUCCACGCUACAGACGUACGCUGGCCUGCCCACCGAGAUACAGCAGUGGGCACAGAGCAGCAUUUGCUAG